GUCUGUGAGCAGUAUCAAUGGAUUGAAUGAGGUUAAAGAAGAAGAAGAACUUUCACGUUAUCAAAGUUAUGCUUCUGUCAUAUAAGUUGUUUAUACAGUGGUUUAAUAUAGCUAGCAUUUUAUUUGCUAUUAUUCCGGAUACUGUGCUGCAAAUUAGUGAGUAAUGUGAUGAUGCAUAAGGAGCAUUAGAAUGUAAAUGUGUGUGGCCACAAAGGGAUGGGAGUGGCUCUGACGCUUUGAAAUUUAUAGAAGAAAGAUGCAUCGACGACGGACACCAAAUAAUUUUACAUAUGUUAGUUCGUGCGUUAAAUAUAUGAUAUUCCUUCUCAAUUUUAUAUUUUGGCUCUUUGGCGGUCUUCUUAUUGGUGUGGGACUAUAUGCAUUUGUUGAUAAGUGGCAAGCAACAGGUUUAGUGAAAGUGGAAACCGUGUACGAUGUAAUCCUGAACAUUUCACUUGUGAUGGUGAUUGCUGGAGGAGUCAUCUUUAUUGUGAGUUUUGCAGGAUGUGUUGGUGCCCUUAGGGAGAACACUUGUCUACUGAAGUUCUAUUCCCUGUGCCUACUAAUAUUUUUUCUCCUGGAAAUGGCAAUUGCCAUCAUGGGUUUUGUUUUCCCACAUGCUAUGCAGUCUGUACUUGAGGAACAAUUUACUGAUAAGAUAAUACACACAUACAGAGAAGAUGUAGAUCUCCAGAAUUUAAUAGACUUUGUUCAGCAAGAGUUUCGAUGCUGUGGACUCAGUUCUGAAGGGUAUAUGGAUUGGUCAAAGAAUGAAUAUUUCAACUGUAGUUCACCAAGUGUGGAAAGAUGUGGUGUGCCAUUCUCAUGCUGCAUGAAUGCAACUGAUAUUUCUAGUGGUUUAAUUAACAUCAUGUGUGGUUAUGGAGCGCAGGAGUUGCCAGUUGCCGAGGCUGCCAAGAAGGUGUGGACCAGUGGCUGCAUAGAGAUUGUUAGGUCUUGGGCUGAGAGAAAUCUGUAUACUAUAGCAGGCGUGGCACUUGGCACUGCCUUGUCACAGCUGUUUGUAAUAUACCUGGCAAAAACAUUAGAAGGACAAAUUGAACUUCAGAAAUCAAGGUGGAUCACAUGAAACAUCGCCUACCGUCUCGGAUGAGCAUGUUAAUGUGAGGUAGGUCAGUAUAACCAGUACUAAUAUAGUCACACUUCUUCUGGAACAUACAGUGGCAAAAUAUUCAUCUGGAGUGUCAUCACAGCAUCUGUUCUAGUUUAACAUCAGUAUCAGUAUUGAAAAGACCAAAAAGCGACAGUGUCUUAUUUUUAUUCUAUGUUUUGUGUGUGGGACUGAAUGUGAAUCAGCUCUGACAGAUUUGGAUUUUGUGUAAGAGAAGAUGCAUCAGUUGUUGGAACAUGACAGUGCUGUGCAGCUUCAGGCAUUUUGUUCACUUAUGACAACAUAAAACUGGAUUUCUCAGUUUUGAUCUGAUACAUUUUUGAGUAAAGUAUCAAAGUUCAAAGUAUCAUGUGAUUUUAGAGAAAAUCUUUUAAUUGUUUUAUCUUCCCUUGGAGAUUUUUUUUAUCUCUAAGGCAAAUUGUUUGUACUGUCAAAGGUAACAAUUAUUUUAACACCAUAUCUCCACCAGAAUUAUUAACACAAAUAUUGCAAAGAGCAUAAUAUUAAAACUUUCGUACAGUCCUAUAAAUGUUGCUUUCUGAUUUCUUAUUGGUGUUAUUCAAGCUUCUAUAACGCCACAGCAGGAAGUGCCGAGCACUGCUCAUCAUGACGUAGUCAGCAUUAAAGUUUGCAGCUUUAUUGACAAGGCUCCUUCAGUCAAAAUAUAAUAGCUUCACAUAUUUGACCUAAUCCUUCCAGCCGCACUAUUUCCCAGGGGUCGACU